AUGAAUAACGUAUCAAAUAAAAAAUUUGUAAUCGUACACUAUAUUAAAAAUGAGGAUAGUAACCAGAAUAAAAACAACUCAAAGAAAAAAAAAGAAAAAAAGACAGGAUAUGUUACUAUUGAAAUUAGUAGAGUAGAUGAUAGGAAAUUUGCUAAUAAGAAAAGGAAAAAUCAAUUGAUGCUUGAUAGGAGUAGUAGAAAUGAUUUUCCUUCCAGAUCUUCUAAAAAUAUCUCCAAGAAGAAGAUAAAAGAUAAUACGUGGACUAAUACAUUAUUAGAUAAGUUACAAGGAGCGACGACUACUAUUAAUCAAAAAAUAACAUCAUUCUUUAAAAUAUGUAUAUUCAAUUCGAAAGAAUUAAAGAUGAAAAAUGAUAUGAUAGUAAGAGAUUCUUUUAAAUAUUUUAAUACAGAGGAUAAUGAACAAUAUAUAAAUAGUACAAAUUUAAUGAAUACCAUUAAUGGUAAAAUGGAUAAUAUAUUAUCACAACAUAUUAAUGUAAAUAACGAUAAUCUCUACUCUAAGAAUUUCAAUAUGCAUUUUAAUGAUAAUAAUAAUAUAAAUAAUAAUUUUAUGAAAGAUAAUAUAUUAAAUGGAAAAAACUUAAAUAAUAAAUUCGCUAAUAAAAAAAUGAUUGAUGCAAGUAAAUUAUGGAAAAAAGACAUGUCUGCAAAUAAUGUAAUGAAUUAUGUAGAUAAAGGAAAAGUAGAUAUAAAUAAUAAUCCUGAUAUGCAAAAUAUUAAAAAUUUUUAUAUUUCAGUUAUAAAUAAAAAAAACAAUGUGAAAAAUGUAAGGAAAGUUAGCUUGAUGGAAAUUUGUAAAGAUCCUUAUUUUUAUAUAUCUCAAAAUUUCUUAUCAGACUUGGAGAGUUAUUUAGCUCUAAAUCACUGUCUCCUAUAUAUUAAGAAAAAUAAAGGAGAGCUUUCCCAGAUUCAUCACAAUUUUUUUUCUGUGUUAAUAAAUGUAGAUGAUGUACAUUUUCUUGAGGAAAAUGUAUCGACAUCAAUUUUGAGACAUACUAUAAAGAGAUUGAAUUCUCUUUUCAAAAUUCCAAUAGAUGAUAUAACAUCAGUAGAAUUUUGUUUAUAUUUAAAAAAUAGUGAAGAAAAUGAACCUAUAAUUUAUACUGAAAAAGAUAUAUAUCAAUAUUCAAUUUUAAUAUUCUUAAGUAGCAAAAGUGGGAAUUUUAUUGAAUUCCCUUUUAAUGGCUUACGAAUUAUGACAGUUAUAGGUAACUGCUUAAUUUAUCAAUGUAAUGAUAAAAAAAAUACAAAUAAACAUAUCUUCAAUUUUAAUAUAUCAGAUGAAAAAUUAUUUUUCCUAAAAAUUAAUCUAAAGGAAAAUAUUCAUUUGUACAAAAUUUUCCAAGGGCAGAAACCUGUCAAUCAUUCAAAUAUGGAUGAAGGGUGUAAACAAAAUAAAAUAACUGAAUUAUAUACUAAUGUUUUUAAAAAUAAAAAUACAUUACCCUUUGAACAAUUUAUGAAAACAAGCCCUAAUGAAACAAACACCAUCAAUAUCGAUUCAAUGAAAAAUCAUUAUUCUUUAGUUAAAAAAAAUAUGGAAUGUAUAAAUAAAAGAUUAAUGGAACUAAAUAUUAAUCGUAUGAGAAGUUUAUUUAUCAAGGCAAAAAAUGCAAGAAGUAAUAAUGCUUAUCCUAAUCCUAUGCAAUUUAAAAAAAGGGCAUAA